AUGUGUGUUAUUGUUGCUUUGUUUUAUUCAAUGGGUAACGCUGCACUUAAACAACACUAUGAAACAGCAUCAAAAACGGGGGUCCUACAGAUAUCAGACUAUAAAUUAAAGGAAAUUCCAGAUGAUGUUUUUAAUUUGGCAGAACAGUUACGAAACUUGGAUGUGUCUAAAAACAAAAUAACUAAUAUAUCUGACGCUAUAAGCGAAUUGAAACAUUUAAAACAACUAAAUUUGUCAUCUAACACGAUACAAAUUCUGCCGUCUUCAAUAGAAAAUCUGAAAAAGCUAGAGUUAUUGAAUAUGUCAUUUAAUUCAUUAACAUCUCUUCCACCUGCGAUUUCAAGUUUAAGCAAUUUGAAGCAAAUAUAUUUGAAUAAUAACAAGAUAAAAAAGUUUCCCAUGGAGAUAUUGGGACUCCAAAACCUCGAUGUUGUGGAGCUUUCUCAUAAUAAACUGACAGAAGUUCCAAGUGGUAUGUCAAACUUGUUUGCCGCAGAAUUGAACCUGAGUCAGAAUGAGAUAUCUGUUUUAAGUGAAGAUUUAAGUCAAGCACCUCGGUUAAAAAUACUGCGGUUAGAGGAGAACUGCCUUAGUUUAGAUGCUAUAUUACCGAGCCUUUUAAGGGAUUCCAAAAUUCAUACACUAAAUGUAGACGGCAAUUUAUUUGAAUCAAAACAAUUAGCAUCAGUGGAAGGUUACAACGAGUAUACAGAAAGAUAUACAGCAAUGAAGAAGAAAAUGUUUUGA